GGCAAACAUUUUAGCAUAAACAGGGUACUUGGACAAGGUGGUCAAGAUACUGUGUACAAGGGAAUGUUGGUAGACGGUAGAAUCGUGGCAGUCAAGAAAUCAAAAGUUGUCGACGAAGACAAACUUGAAGAGUUCAUCAAUGAAGUUGUCAUUCUCUCACAAAUCAACCAUAGGAACAUUGUCAAACUCUUCGGUUGUUGUCUUGAAACACAAGUACCGGUUUUGGUUUACGAGUUUAUUCCUAAUGGUAAUCUUUUUGAACAUCUUCAUGAUGAGCUUGACGACGACACAAUGACUACUUGGGAAGUGCGUUUACGCAUUGCUACAGAUGUCGCUGGAGCUCUUGCGUAUUUGCAUUCGGCUGCAUCAUUCCCUAUUUAUCACAGAGACAUUAAAUCUACAAACAUAAUGUUGGAUGAGAAAUGUCGAGCCAAGGUGUCUGAUUUUGGCACUUCAAGGUCAGUAACGGUGGAUCAUACACACCUAACAACAGUGGUUUCAGGUACGGUAGGAUAUGUGGAUCCAGAGUACUUUCAAUCUAGCCAGUUCACGGACAAGAGUGAUGUGUAUAGUUUUGGAGUUGUGCUAGUGGAGCUCAUCACUGGAGCAAAGGCAAUUUCUUAUAUCCGGUCCGAAGAAAAUAGGACAUUGGCAACUUAUUUCAUCCUCGCAAUGAAAGAGGAUAGACUCGAAGAAAUCAUCGAUGCUCGAAUCAAAGAGGAGUGCAAGUUGGAACAAGUUAGGGUGGCGGCAAAACUUGCAAGGAAAUGUUUGAACCUCAAAGGGAAAAAACGACCAAGCAUGAGAGAAGUGUCGAUGGAAUUGGAGAAGCUUCGGUCAUUGCAUGGACAUCCUCAACCACAAGUCCAUGUUAUUGAAAGCGAUGAAGAGGAUGAAAUCAUGGAAGUGAACAUAGGCAUUGAAUCGUGGAACAAUGUUAACGUAGCUGUUACUGACAAUGUUGCAUCUUCAUUCUUAGAUGUUGAACCAUUGUUUCCUCGUCAAACAUGGUAGAUGUUUUAAUAUUUAUUUAUGUGCAUAAUAAUUAAUAAGCA